GCACUGCUCCAACAACAACCAGAAAGAGAAUCGAAACGCGAACGCGAAUAUGCUCCCAGCUCAAAACUUGUCCCGAUUCUCGAGGCAACUCUUCCUCUUCUUCUAAAUCAACGGACGCGAUUCCAUCUUCGCAUCUAACGGCCACGCUUCAUCCUCACCUCCCCAAUAUUAGGGUUUCUCUUUCGUUCACCUCUUCUGCCAACACUUGCUCGCAUUUUCCUUCUUCUUCUCUCGCUUUUUCCGCUUCAGUUUUCUCCGAAUAAUCAUGGUGAAAGGUCCAGGUCUCUACACUGAUAUCGGCAAGAGAGCUCGAGAUCUUUUGUUCAAGGAUUACCAGAAUGACCACAAGUUCACCAUCACCACUUACACUUCUACCGGAGUGGAAAUUACUUCGACUGGAGUCAGGAAGGGUGAGAUAUAUUUGGCUGAUGUCAGCACUAAGCUGAAGAACAAGAACAUCACAACUGAUGUCAAAGUUGACACUAACUCUAACCUACGUACAACUGUUACUGUGGAUGAACCUGCACCUGGACUGAAGACAAUUUUUAGCUUUAUUUUUCCGGAUCAGAAAUCUGGCAAGGUGGAACUCCAGUACCAGCAUGAGUAUGCUGGAAUCAGCACCAGCAUUGGAUUGACAGCAAAUCCAAUUGUUAACUUCUCUGGUGUUGUUGGAAAUAAUUUGGUCUCUGUUGGGACAGAUCUUUCAUUUGAUACUGCCUCUGGCAACUUUACCAAAUACAAUGCAGGGCUUAACAUUAGUCAUGCUGACCUCAUUGCUUCUCUAACUCUAAAUGAUAAAGGUGACACCCUAAAUGCCUCGUAUUACCACAUUGUAAGCCCGCUGACUAACACUGCUGUUGGUGCGGAGCUUUCACAUAGCUUUUCUAGCAAUGAAAAUCUUCUCACCAUUGGUACACAGCAUGCUCUGGACCCACUAACACUCUUGAAAGCUCGGGUGAACAGCUAUGGUAGGGCAAGUGCUCUGAUCCAGCAUGACUGGACUCCAAGAGCUCGUUUCUCUCUUGUUGGCGAGGUGGAUACCGGGGCCAUUGGAAAGAGUGCAAAGGUUGGUCUUGCUGUGGCCUUGAAACCUUAGGCCGGGUGGCAUUGUGAGUGAUAUAGGCCACACCUCAUGUGGUGGAGUUAAUAAGUUUAGUUGUAGGGUUUCACUUUCCCAAAGAACCUUUGUCCUUCAUUUUGAUGCUACAUUUAUUUCUUCAUCUCUUGGUGGGCUCGAGUGUAAAAUCAAUAAGCGCAAACAAUUAUAAAUCUGUACUUACUCAACAAUCCACCCGAAUGUCAUUGAUUUUAGGUGCACCUUUUAGUAAGUUUUUUGAGCAUGGAAGGUGUUUGCUAUGCAAUAUGACUUGUUUUGGGGUGUGUA